AUGACGCAAGCUAUUCUGCUAUUCUCUCCGGAGAGUUCCCUUAUUUUGUCCUACUCGAGGAAAGUCAAAGUCCGAACCCACUGGGUGUUGCAGGGGCUGGCCACUGUCUGUGCCAUCGUAGGCUUGGCCAUUAUCAGCUAUAACAAAUAUACGAAUGACAAACCACAUUUUACCAGCUGGCACGGUCUGGUUGGGUUGGCAACUGUCCUGUACACUUGCCUGCAGUCUGCUGGUGGGGUGACUCUGCUGUAUCCCAAACUGAUGAGGAAAUGGUCCCUGGCCAAACUGAAAUCGUAUCACGCCACCUCUGGACUUGUUGGCUACCUGCUAGGCUGCACCAGUAUGCUUUUGGGCAUGUGUUCAGCAUGGUUCACAGGGAUAGUGACUGGUGUUAGCUGGUAUCUGGCCAUUAGCUGCCCUGUUCUGUUGGCAUUGGUCCUCAUGAACCAAAUUACUAAUGCCUACCUGAGGAAAAAGAGGAUACAGCCUUGA